CUUGGCGGGUCAUUUUAGGCCUUCUCAGCUUUCGUCACUUCUGGCGGAUGAGAAGAGGAGAGGAAGGGGUAACUUCCCCCGCUUACUGCGUACUUCCGCCCGCUCUCUCAGUCCUAUGGCAGGAGAGAAUCCACUUCCGGAUUCCCCUGGUAUCUUUCGCAGUCCUCUUCCGGGUGAUGACGGCCGGGUGCCCCGGAUGUAACUGGUGAAAGCAUCUCUUCUUUUCUUUCCCGGCCUCCUCCUGGAUCCCCAGCUUGAGGAAGUCCACUCUGUCAAUCAUGCCAAAAAGGAAAGUGACCUUCCAAGGCGUGGGAGAUGAGGAUGAUGAAGAUGAAAUCAGUGUCCCCAAGAAAAAGCUGGUGGACCCUGUGGCUGGUGCGGGAGGUCCUGGGAGCCGCUUUAAAGGCAAACACUCUUUGGACAGCGAUGAGGAGGAUGAUGAUGAUGAGGGAUCCAGCAAAUAUGACAUCCUGGCCUCAGAAGAUGUAGAAGGCCAAGAAGCAGCCACACUCCCCAGUGAGGGGGGUGUGCGGAUCACACCCUUCAACCUUCAGGAAGAGAUGGAGGAAGGCCACUUUGAUGCUGAUGGCAACUACUUCUUGAACCGUGAUGCUCAGAUCCGAGACAGCUGGCUGGACAACAUUGACUGGGUGAAGAUCAAGGAGCGGCCACCUGAUCAGCGCCAGACCUUAGACUCAGAGGAGGAGGACAGUGUGGGCCAGACACCAAUGAGUGCCCAGGCACUCUUGGAGGGACUUUUGGAGCUGCUGUUGCCAAGAGAGACCGUGGCUGGGGCACUGAGGCGUCUGGGAGCCCGAGGAGGAGGCAAAGGAGGAAGCAAGGGGACUGGGCGUCCUAGCUCCCCCCAGCGCCUAGACCGGCUCUCUGGGUUGGCUGACCAAAUGGUGGCCAGAGGCAACCUUGGUGUAUACCAGGAAACAAGGGAACGGUUGGCCAUGCGGCUAAAGGGGCUGGGGUGCCGAACCCAGGGACCCCCUGACUCUACCCCACCACCCUCCCUGGAUAUGUUUGCUGAGGAAGUGGCAGAAGGGGAGCUGGAAACCCCAACCCCUACCCAGAAAGGAGAAGCAGAGUCGCCAGCAGAUGGUCUGGUGGAUGUGAUGUGGGAAUAUAAAUGGGAGAAUACAGGGGAUGCUGAGCUAUACGGGCCCUUUACCAGUGCCCAGAUGCAGACAUGGGUGAGUGAAGGCUACUUCCCAGAUGGGGUUUAUUGCCGGAAGCUGGACCCCCCUGGUGGUCAGUUCUACAACUCCAAACGCAUUGACUUUGACCUCUAUACCUGAGCCUGCUGAGAGCCCAGUUUAGUGGGCCUUUCUUUCCUGGACUUGGUGGAGGAGGCCCAUCUGCCUCAGGCAGUGAGGAUGUUGGAGACCGCUUUUCAACCACUUUCCCUUUCCCAAUAAAAGCCUUGAGU